CAUCCUCAUAAAAUAUUUCUGCGGAAGAUCAUACGCCUAAUUGCAGUUUAAAGGGUAAUUCUAACCAACUUAAGUUCAAAAUAAAUACCCAAUAUUCGAUUUCUUCAAGGUCUGGAAAUGAAUUGCCAAUGUCCUAAUUGCAGCAUCCGCAAAAUGAUUUUUAAAGCAAACGAUGAUACGGAAUUGCAUCGUUUAGUUAUAUGCAAAGAAGUUAAGCUCAACUCGAUUCGCAUGUUGCUGAACAGAGAAGAUCCCAAUGCUCGAGAUGCUCACUAUGACACGCCCCUUCACUUGGCAGCCAUUACUGAUAAUUAUGAAGUAGUAGAAGAAUUGAUUAAAGCUGGAGCAAACGUGCAGGUCUGGAACUUAGCCCAAAACACGCCACUGCAUAUAGCCGUACUUCACUGCAAUCGAAAAGUCAUCGAAGUAUUAUUGCAAUCAGGUGCUGAUGUGAAUUCUGAAAAUGUGCUUCGAAACACUCCAUUGCACUUGGCCGUUAAGUCUUCGUUGUACAUGAAAAAGAAACGUCACGACAAACUGAUAGUUCAAAAGCUCAUACAGGCUGGAGCAGAUGUAAACUGCAUUAAUAAGUUCAAUGAAACGCCACUUUUUCGAGCUGUUGAGACUGGAGAUUUUGAAAUCGUUCAAAUAUUGUUGACAUCUGGUGCGGAUACCAAUAUUUACGAUAAUAAUUCCAUCUCUUGUCUACAUAUAGCUCUUUUCAAACUUCAUCCAAACCAAACGUUAAUAGAGGAGCUUAUUAAGUAUGACGCAAAUAUUUACUGCAAAGAUAAAUGGUUUAGGACUCCACUAGACUUGGCUGUUCUACGGUAUUUCGAUGAUCCUUCAGAUGAACUUAAAACUGCUAAGGCAUUAAUAAAAAUGAGUGUUUUGGUGCAUCCAAAGGAACCUAUCGAUAUAUGCAGAAUAGUAGAAAAAAUGGUCGUUCACAACUUGUAUGAAUUCCAUAAAGUAUGUUCUAUUACAGUGCGCAGAAUGAUGGCAUUUUGGAUUACUGAAGACAUCUCUCUGCACGAUUUCGCUUUAAGAGGUUUGAAAUGCAAAAUCUUCAGUUGCAACAAGUUGCCAGAAAAAAUAUACUCCAAGGUUUUAGUUGCUUUGUUGAAGGGAAAAUGCGGUGUCUACAGCGAUAUCGUAGAAUGUUACAUUCCUGAGUUAUAUUUGAAGGAGGUAAUAAUGAACUUCAGCAUCAGAGUAAAAAACGAAACGAAUAAAGGUGACAUUGAACUAUUGAGUGAUGUGGUACGGUUAAUUUGCGAUUACUUGAACAGAACUGAUUUGUUGCGAUUGAUUCAAGCAUCUUUAAUGACUCAAUCUUAUCAAGCAGAAUAAUCAAGUUACUAUAACGCAAGAAAUUAUUUUAUGAGAGAUUGAGAUGUAAUUUAUUUAUUGUUCAGACACAGAAAAGUGCUUCUAAUGCAAUUUUAUUAUAUUUAUUUUUACAAAUCAAUUAUUAAAUUAU